UCUCCCUCUGAUUUUUCUCGCCGCUCACCUGCCACCGUUAUCUCCUGGCUGCCGCGCCCUGCUUCUCUCACGGCACUCCCUCCUGUCCUCUCCCAUGGCGCCCAGCCGAGCCCCUCCACGCGCCCUCCCUGCUUCUCUCUCCCUCAUCUCCCUCCUAUGCAGGCGCUCGUCCUCGGUUCCAGGGAGCUCGCGCCCAGUCCCUGUCCAUCGGCGGUGGCUCCGGAUGUGCAUGGCCCGGACGGAGUCCACCGGCGUCACUAUCGGUUUCCACGGGCCGGAUUUCAUGCUCCCUGGUCCCUGCUCCAGUUCGGCUCCUCACCGGUGGACCCCCUGGUGCCGCGAGCUCGCCGGUCAUCCCUGCCGUAGCUCGCUCACGACGCCCGUCGUCCUGCCUGCUCGAGUUCGCCUUCAGUUCCUGGCCAUGGAGUCCGCCCUAGCCUCUGUCUUCCACUCUGUUGCUCCUCGGCUGGCCGCGCCCUCCCUGGUACCGAGCUCCCUCGGCGUCUCGUCCAUGGUCCUCCUCCGCUCGCCCUGGCCUCCAUCUGAGCUCACCCAGGUCGGAUGAGGAUCCCCUGCGAGCUCCCCUCGACAACCGCCGCGCCAUCACCUAGCGCGCGACGCUCAUUUCUGUCUAGCAAAGCUGUGCCUCCUCUGGUGUUUGACGCCCAGCUUCCUCCCCGUUAGUCGGCGGUCACGCCCAGGUUGCGUUCUCUCCGUCAUGCACUGUGUCGGCAUGCUGGCCUGACGCUGUCGUCCUCUGCGUGGCCAUGGACAUCGGCGCCCCUCCUGCCCAGCCUCGCCUCGGCCUCGAUCUAGCGCGCCCCUGCUCCCUCCUUGUAUCUAAUAUCGUUGGGUUUCAUCGACGCGUCGACACUCGACAGUCGAGCAGCUCAUCCAUGCCGUCAACUCUGGAGUUCUGCAGCCCCUCCUUCGACCUUGCUCCUCAUUAGGCCAUGUUCGGUAGGCAUGGAUUCAAUUCUCUAUGUGGAAUUAUUCCAGACGUGGAUUGAAUGGAUCCCCUACUUGUCACUCUUUCCAGACGUGGUUUAAUUCCCUAUUUAU